AUGUACAGCGAACUGAAGGAAGCUACUAUGGACUCAGAAUUUGACAAGGUGUUCGCGCGCUUACAGAUGGAGUGGACCUAUAUCGGAGGUUUGCUAGUCGCAAUAGCAGUGUAUGUACAUUCGACUUCGUUCCCGGAAGGAGUUGCUAAUGUCACUUACAUCAGUGUCGAUACAGCCGUCUUCUCCAUCUCCCAAGGGUCACUAUUCAAUGUCAACUUCUACGCUCGGCGUGCUAUUGCUACGAGCAGCAUUGCAUCUGGUCUCGGCAUCGCAUGUGACGCCUGGUUUCUCUUGCAAUAUAACUGGGCAGACCUACAGACAUUCAUUGCUCGUGCUCGGGACGUAUACGGCUCUUACUUCUUCUUCUCCCUCUCAGCGCGUGUCCCAGGCCUCUGCAUGUUCACCUCCGCCCUCUCCCUCAUGCUCUUCCUCGAGCUUGUGGCUUUCGACGCCUGGCCAGAAGUUUUUGGUUUAUGGCGCGCAUUGCACUGGGGCUCGUCCUUCAUGCGGGGCGGCUGA